CACUCGAUACCCGAGUAACCGAUCAGAAGUUGUAAAUUGUAAUUUUUGUCCCGUUAGGUUGCCCUGCUGUUAGCAAAAGUCGCUGGUAGUUAAAGCGGGAUGGAUACCGACUUAACCUUCUCCUCUCGUCGGUCUCCUGUGGUGUGUUUACACGGCUGUGUGGCGUCCAGCCAGCCGCUGGCGUCCUGUGUAGGACUCGACAUCCUGAAGCGUGGUGGUAAUGCAGCAGAUGCUGCGGUUGCCAUAGCAGCAGCGCUGGCAGUAACAGAGCCGUGCAGCACCGGUCCUGGUGGAGACGCCUUCUGCUUGUUCUACAACGGAGAAACUGGAGAGAUUGGAGGAAUUAACGGCAGUGGUCGUUCGCCCAGGGCGCAGACCCUCGACUUCCUGGAAGGACGUGGUUACACUGCGGAGGCCCCUCCUUCACCUUUUGAUGCCUUGAAUGUCACAGUACCAGGGGCCCCUGCAUGCUGGUGCGAUACCGUACAGCUGUUUGGUAGUCACAAGCUGUCCUUGCAGGAGGUGCUGACCAGAGCAGCGGAGCUCGCAGAUGUGGGGUUUCCUGUUGCCGAGGUAACAGCUUACCACUGGGCGAAAUGGGUGUCUGCUCUGAGAGAUGCUGGGAAGGAACUAGGUGGAGACCUGCUGAUUGAUGGUCAUGCACCCAAAUGUGGACAAGUAUUCAGAAACCCUAUCCUGGCCCAGACCCUGAAGGACCUUGGUGAGCGUGGCAAACCGGCUUUCUACCAGGGCAGAGUGGCCCAAGCCAUUGUCGAUAUCAUCAACCAAAACGGAGGGGUCAUGACCCUGGAUGAUCUCAGCAGCCAUGACAGUGAGGUCGUCACACCCAUAAGCACAGAAUACAAGGGUGUGCGUCUGUGGGAGCCUCCCCCAAACAGUCAAGGAUUGGCUGCCCUGCUGCUGCUCAAUAUCCUGGAGAACUUCCCUCUCAAAGCUGCAGGCCAUAACAGCUCUGACUACAUCCAUGUACUGGUGGAGGCUCUGCGCUUGUCACUAACGGACGCUGUGCGUUACCUGGGCGACCCUGACCAUGUGACAAUCCCUCUGGAAACCUUACUGGACAAGAGCUACAGCCACCAGCGAGCGCAGCGCAUCAGCACGGACAGGGCCAUGGAACAAGUGGAGCCUGGCUUGACGACAGGAAGUGACACAGUCUAUUUCUGUGUGAUUGACAGUCAGGGCAACGCCUGUUCGUUUGUCAACAGCACAUAUAUGGGUUUUGGCAGUGGGCUGGUCCCGAAGGAUUGUGGAUUCUCACUACAGAAUCGCGGUGCCAGCUUUUCUCUGCGUCGUGACCAUAUUAACUGUGUGGCUGGGGGGAAGCGGCCAUAUCACACCAUAAUACCUGCACUUCUCACUGACUCUGCAAUCAAAUCAGGAAAAACACGACUCCUUGCUGCACUGGGGGUGAUGGGGGCUUUGAUGCAACCACAAGGACACGUCCAGGUGUUGUUGAACAUGUUGGAGUUUGGGAUGAAUCCUCAACAAGCUCUGGACGCACCGAGAGUCUAUGUACAGUCUGACCACACAGCUAUGCCCUCUGAUCAGUGGACGGUUCAUCUGGAGGAGGGGAUCGGCCAGGAGAUAGCCGAGGAGCUGAGAAGACGGGGCCACAAAGUCAGCUGGCCGAUCACAGGUCACCAGAGGUCUCAGUUUGGGCGGGGACAGAUCAUCACAGUGGGGGAUUGGUGGAACCCAUCUGUCAAUCAAGCUGAUCCUCCGUCCAGGGUGCUGUGGGCGGGAUCAGACCCCAGAGCAGACGGAUGUGCUCAGGGAUACUAGACAUGCAGGACCUCCUCUCCUCUUCCCUGUAGAUGUUAUUUUCAGAUAAAUCAUUGAUUUAUAACUAUCGCAUAGCACAGCUUCAUAGCAAAACACAAUACGCAUUCAUAAAGUGUCUUUAUCCUCUUAAGUUCAAGCUACAUUUAUAAGCUAGUGGACUGUUUUGUUUGCACUUAAAUAUAGAAGAACAAAUCGGAAAACAAAUCUUUGUGUUACAUUACAUGACAUACCAAAGAUGCCCUUCCCCGUCUUUUGGUUGAGAUAAUGAUCUGUUUCAAUGUCUUUAAUUAGUUGCGGAUGGACUAGAAAUGACAACAAUAUCAUUAUAUAACCCUCCUUCCCCAACAAAUGAUAGUUACAUAUGUUCUCUGGUUGACAUUUAGAUAAUGUACUAAUGUGAUGUGAAUCAGUGUUAUAUCUCCAUUCAAGUUAGUUUUGCAUCAUUGUUCUACUUUUUUACUGAUUUAACAGUCUGUAUUUCAAAUGAUCUGUUUAAUAUUCUAAAUAUAUUCAUGAUUUUGUAAAUUUUUACAAAUAUUAAAUAAAUGUAAUUUAUUUUCAAUG